AAAUGGAGGAUUAUGAAGAUGAAGAGGAAAAUAAUGAGGUUGAAAGCCGAGUAAUUCCUUUUAAAUAUUUUGAUUCUUUUCUGCAUUGGUUGAUCAGUUUUCAAUUCCAAGAAGAAGAUUUUCCUUCAAAAAAUAUUUCAACAACAACUUUCCAUUCUAAUCGAAUUAUUUUAUUAAAUAAAUGUUUACAAUUUUUAUUUAUUUUAAAAAAUCAACAACAAACAACACAAAAUAUUGAUAAUUUAAUUUUUAAUAAUAUUCAAAAGAUUGUUGAUUUAAUUGGUAAUGAAUUUGUUGGAAAAGAAAAUUUGAUGGACAACGAACCUUUAUAUUCUGCUGGAAUUCAAUUAUUAGAAUUAAUUGCCUAUUAUGACACCAACCAAUCAUUUCCAGCCAUUUAUCCUUUAGCCAAGCAAAUUUAUAAAAUUAUACGUUUAAUACCUUCAUUAUCUUCACGUUUACAAAAAUUAAAAAGAUUAACUAAAAAAGAUAGAGAUUAA